CCCCGCAGUCAUGUGCCACGCAGCUGUGCACCUCCUCCCAACCGCCGUUGUUUCAUUUGCGCCAUUUUGUCCGCUCACUUUGUUGAUUGGGUUUUAGCGAGCUGUACUAGAGCCAAUCAGAGGGAAACCGGACAGCGAAGCUACGAGGACUGCGUCAAAAAGCAGCAGCGAUGGAGCAGUACACGUCUGCCACCACUACGACAGGGGAGCAGAUUGUUGUGCAGACCGCCAACGGACAGAUCCAACAGCAGACACAUGGCACAGUGACGGCUGUGCAGCUGCAGACAGAUGCACCAGUGGUGACUGCGUCUGGCCAGCAGGUGCAGACUCUCCAGGUAGUCCAAGGCCAGCCCCUAAUGGUUCAGGUGAGCGGUGGGCAGCUCAUCACUUCGUCAGGCCAGCCCAUCAUGGUGCAGGCCAUGUCUGGAGGUCAGGGUCAAACCAUUAUGCAGGUUCCUGUGUCUGGAGCUCAAGGACUGCAGCAGAUCCAGCUGGUACAGCCAGGUCAGAUACAGUUGCAAGGUGGCCAGACUCUUCAGCUCCAGGGUCAGCAGGGUCAACAGCAAAUCAUCAUUCAGCAACCGCAGACAGCCAUCACAGCCGGACAGAACCAGGGGCAGCAGAUCAGUGUGCAGGGUCAACAGGUGGCACAGACAGCUGAUGGACAGACCAUCGUGUACCAGCCGGUCAACACAGAUGGAUCUGUCCUGCAGCAGGGAAUGAUAACAAUUCCAGCUGCCAGCCUGGCAGGAGCUCAGAUUGUACAGGCAGGGGGUGCCAACACAAACACUACCAACAGUGGCCAAGGCACUGUGACCGUCACCCUGCCCGUCUCCGGCAACAUGGUCAAUGCAGGUGGAAUGGUCAUGAUGGUUCCUGGAAGUGGAGGAGUUCCCACAAUGCAGCGGAUCCCCCUGCCAGGGGCUGAGAUGCUGGAGGAGGAGCCUCUGUAUGUCAAUGCCAAACAGUACCAUCGUAUUUUGAAGCGAAGACAGGCCCGAGCCAAACUGGAGGCUGAGGGCAAGAUCCCCAAAGAGAGGAGGCAGAAGUAUCUACACGAGUCUCGCCAUCGUCACGCUAUGCAACGCAAGCGAGGAGAUGGAGGCCGUUUCUUCUCCCCGAAGGACAAAGAAGAUGCAUUGGGCUUAUCGCAGGAUCUUUCUCAGUCUCCACCAGAUGAGACAGUAGCUCAGAUGAUCCGGGUGUCAUAGAACCAUCGCCGCCAUCAACCCUUUCAGCUGAACUCUACCCUGCCAGAGAUCCUCCAUCCCAGUGGACAUCUGGCACACUUCAUGUCAUCUGUUCUUCUUUCUGCCCCGCUGCACCAAAUACCUCACCAGGGUUUUCCUUGUGUCUCUCAUCCUUUUGACUGGUCUUCCAGGGAUCUGGUUGUGCAGUUGCUCACCCAGUGGACUUUUCUGGUAUUGAAAUUAAAACGGAAGGGCAUCAUCAUGCUCAGCUUUCACUGCCGAGCUCCAAAGACCAGUUUUUAGUUUAGUUAAGGACCUGUUUGGACGAUAAUGGAACAUGGAUUUGUUGCUCAACAUUCAUGGAGAUUAAAUUACUGCCAUGAAGCCAUACUCUGUCAAAUUUUGGUCUAAUGGUAGGAAAUUCAAAAUGUUAUUUCCUGCUGAAAAUUUCCCCUCCUUUUUUUGUAUUUGCAAACGACAGCAGUUUUCUUAUUGUUGGAAACACAAGUAUUUUCUCUACACUGCUGUUCUGUACCAUUUUUGUGAUGCCCUUUAUAAUGUAGUUAUAUCAGCUCAUGUUUUGUGUGGUUGGAUCCCAUUAUCUGCUGUGUUGAACCCGAUGUUUGGUAGUAAUAUGUAGAUAAAGACAAUAUGUUUGUUUUUUCUUCACCACUGUGAAUAAAACAAACCCCAGUUCUGUGCAUGCUUUUUAUGCAGUUGGUAAGUUGUUUUUUUUAAGGAAAAAAAAUACAGUUUUCUAUCCUUGUAUUAGUCUGAUUUUGGUCUUUUCUUUUCAUCUGUUGGUUCAUUGUUUGGUCUUUUCAUUGUAGAUAGUUUUUUUUUAAUUGCCAUCAGAUGCAGUUGUGCAAUUUUAUUUUUUAUAAUGAAAGAGGAGUGGACAUGAAUCCUAAAAAUAACAUUUUUAUUAAGUUAUUAAAGGCUGUUUGUGGUUAUUUCAUAAUAUAUUUUAUACUUUAUUUCUUUAGUGAGGACUACUACUGUGAAUAAAUGUACCGGUACACCUUUUUUUGUUUUGUAAUGAAACAAAAUAUGUUUGGCCUUUAAAGUCCCACUUCAAAUAUCUUUUCGAUCUAUUUUAAAAGCGUUUCCAGUGGUCUUUUAUUUAUCAUUUUGCCAUUUUUAGCUAAAAAAUUAAACAAAUGUGUCAUUUUCUA